AUGAAUUCCAGACUCUUGCAAGUCUUCCAGAAGGUCACCUGUCCCAUUUACAUGAAGUACUUCCUAGACCCUGUCACCAUUGGCUGUGGGCACAGCUUUUGCAGGCCCUAUCUCUACCUCAGCUGGCAAGACAGUCCAGUUCUUGCUCACUGCUUUGAAUGCAAGAGUGCAACACAGCAGAGAAACUUCAAAACUGAUGUUUGUAUGAAGAAGAUAGCUUCCCUCGCCAGAAAAGCAAGUCUCUGGCAGUUCCUGAACUUUGAGGAACAAAUAUGUGGGACCAACAAGGAGAUGAAGAAGAUGUUCUGUGAAGUGGACAAGAGCCUGCUCUGUUCACUCUGCUCUAAGUCUCAGGAGCAUGGGACUCACAGACUCUGUCCCAUUGAGGGGGCUGCUGAGGAACAGAGGGAAAAGCUCUUGAAGAAAAUGCACUUUUUAUGGGAAAAAGCUUGUGAAAAUCAUAGAAACCUGAAUAUAGAAGCCAUCAAAAUGAGAUCUUGGGAGGUUAGUACGAUGCUACUUCUACCUUCUUCAUGA